GAGGCAAAUUUGACUUGACGAGACCUUAAAUACCUGUCUCACCAAUCUACUCCGUGUUUUUACUUGUUUCUUCUCGCGAUCAAACUGGUGAAACCUGUGGCUGGUAUUUUGAUUUGCUAUAACAGCAUCCUACCCCUCAGUGACAGCAGACACCCCUUGAUCUGUCUACGCGCCACUUCAUCUCAAAAUGGCUCCAACAAGCCAAAUGACCUACCAGAAGGACGAGAGGGUUCUCUGUUUUCAUCAUGAGAUUCUGUAUGAGGCCAAAAUCCUCGACUUGAGGCAUACAGACCCAGAGGACCGUAAGAGUCCCUACGAGUACCUAGUCCACUAUAAGGGCUGGAAGAAUACCUGGGAUGACUGGGUUCCCCAAGACCGCCUUCGUAAAUUCACGGAGGAAAACAGAGAAUUGGCCACCACUCUUCGUCGUGAGGCAGAGGCUGCAUUCCGCCAGAAGAGCACCAAAGCCUCUGUCAAGAAGAGGGGAGGCUCCGACCGCAGUUCCGCCCGAGGCAGCGAGGAAAGGCAAACCUCAGUGCCUGGCCGCGGAACCAAGAGAGCUCGUGACAACGAUAUCGAAAAGGAGGAGAGCUUUUACGUGCGGCCUUCAGUAAGGAUCGUAAUGCCAGAUAACUUGAAGUCUCUCCUAGUGGAUGAUUGGGAAAAUGUCACCAAGAACCAGCAAGUCGUGGCCUUGCCUGCCAAGUCCCCAGUCAAUCAGAUUUUGGACGACUACGUCAAUGAGGAGAAGCCCAAGCGCACAAGCUCGGCUGAUACGGACGUCCUUGAAGAAGUCGUUAUGGGUGUACGCGAGUACUUCGACAAAGCGCUUGACAAGGUUCUCCUAUACCGGUUCGAACGCGAGCAGUACCGGGCUCUCCGCAAAAAGUGGGAGGCAGGCUCGGGCGACUACGCUGACAAGGGACCACUCGACAUCUACGGUGCAGAGCAUCUGACUCGUCUUUUUGCUACCAUGCCCGAGCUCAUUGCACAGACAAAUAUGGACCUCCAGUCAACGAAUAGACUCCGCGAAGAACUGUCCAAGUUCACCAUCUGGCUGAGCAAAAACUCCAGCCGAUACUUUGCCACGAGAUACAUGACUGCGAGCAAUGAAUACAUUGAAAAGUCGCGUGGCGUCCCGAAUCCAACCCCUGGGACUGCGACAUCGCGUCUAGUCUAGACGUGUGCCAUUGAAUCAUUAAUGCGUUUGCUUUUCUCCAUCGUUUUUCUUCGAGCAUAUCUUAUCUCCCUUCUUUAAUUCGAUUGCGUUCAACCGACUUGGGCUGCGACAAAUGGUUAGUUAGCAAAGACUGAGGUUGCUUUUAUGUAUGUUACGGCGAUGAUCAUACUUUAUUCCUGUACCAUUAGUAGGAUAGAAUUGGAAUCACU